UUACAAAUAUGUCAAACCUAGCUACGCCACUGCUACUACUACUACUACUACUGCUACUGCUACUACUACUACUACUAGUAAAUACUAUUACUACUAUCAUAAGUACAAACUAAAAUGUAGGUCCUAUUCUAAAGACAAUGUAGAGACCAAUCAAUUUAAAUGAAAAAUCAAACGCACGUUCAGUCGCCUAUUAGAAAUUGAAAAAUGUAUAUAAAAAUAAAUAAAUAGGUAAAUAAAACUUGAGUGAAAAGUGGAAAUGUUGGUGAUCUUCUCUUAAUUAAUCUGUAAUAAAGAUUUAUAUUCUGUAAAUUUUAUCUAACAAAAACAGAUAAAAAACAACAACAACCAAAACAAAAACAACAACAAAAACAACAACAAAAAAACCCAAAACACAACAACAACACAGUUUACCACUAAAAAAAACAAAACAACGAGAACCCCCCCCCCCCCCCCCCCCAAUAAACCUUGAAAAUAUUAUACUCGGGUUCGUGAUGUAAAAUAUAUGUCAUCGCAUAGUCACGUGACUUUUGGAGAGCAACAACAAAACUGUCUAAUUAACCCAACAACAAAAAGGUUGUAAAGUCCAACAGAAUGCCCCGUGAAGUAAAACAAGAUUAUUGGAUAAGUGAAAGCAUCAAGGAUAAUAAAUUUGAGGACUAUUACACACAGUUAACAGAACUUGGGAGGGGUGCAACCUCAGUGGUAUACAAAUGUGAGCACAAAGGAACAACAAAGAAAUGGGCGGUCAAAAUCAUCCACAAAAGGGUGGACAAGAAAGUAAUCAAUACAGAGAUUGGAAUUCUUCUAAAACUGAAUCACAAAAAUGUGAUUCGGUUGAAGGAGAUCUUCGAGACCCCUACAAAUAUCUGCCUAGUCUUAGAGUUGGUCAAAGGGGGAGAACUGUUUGACAGAAUUGUGAGCCGAGGAUACUACUCUGAAAAAGACGCAUCCACAGCCGUCCGACAAAUGCUGAUCGCUGUCAAGUAUCUUCAUGAGAACGAAGUUGUGCACAGAGAUUUAAAGCCAGAAAACCUAUUGUAUGAGGACUUAACAGACGAGUCCAAUCUUAAAGUGGCUGACUUUGGCCUCUCCAAGAUCAUUGACCGAGAAGUGACGAUGAACACAGUGUGUGGGACUCCCGGAUAUUGUGCCCCCGAGGUCCUGGCGGGCAAGCGUUACUCCUACCCAGUGGACAUGUGGAGCAUUGGAGUCAUUACGUACAUUCUAUUGUGUGGAUAUGAGCCUUUUUAUAGUGGUGAGAACGAGGCUGAAAUGUACAAGAAAAUCCUCAAAGCAGAUUACAAAUUUGACCCACCAUUCUGGAACAACAUCAGUGAAAAUGCAAAAGACUUCGUGAAGAAGAUGCUUUUAUUAGAUCCCAAAAAACGAUUAACCGAGAACCAGGCGCUCAACCACGACUGGGUCAAGGGUCUGGCUGCCAAGAGUGACCACAUGCCAGAGACUCACAACAAGAUCAAAGAAUUCAACGCUACUCGUAAAAUGAAGUAUCAAGAAAUUGCAUCACCACAGGCUAGGCAAUAACCGAUGCCACUCUUCUUGCGUCGAGAGCAGCACGGAUAACGAGCAUCUUAAAUCAGAAACAAUCUCUGAGCGACGUUUCCAUGCAAUCCGUCUCCGAGCCAAUGGAACAUUAGUUCUGUGAUCACAACCAGCUUAUUUAUGUUACUUUUGAUAACUUUUUGAUUUAUAUUAUAAAUUUUACUGAUUACCUAUGCAUGUGUACAUGCACCGUCUGUGAUAGUUUUGUGAAUAAAACGUGUAUGUCCCCUUA